AUGACGGCCAAGAUCCCUAGAAAUUUUAGGCUCCUUGAGGAGCUCGAGAAGGGCGAGAAGGGUCUUGGAGCAGAGGCAUGCUCUUAUGGUCUUGCAGAUGGUGAGGAUAUGAUGAUGAGUAACUGGAAUGGAACGAUUCUUGGACCUCCUCACAGCAUCCAUGAGAACCGGAUAUACAGUGUCAACAUUCAUUGCGGACCCGAAUACCCCGAUAGCCCUCCAAGCAUUCAAUUCAUUUCGAAGGUUAACCUUCCAUGCGUUGACGGUCGAACGGGAAAGGUCGAUCCUACAAAGCUGCCCUGCCUUGCUCAAUGGAAACGCGAGUACACCAUGGAGACUAUCCUGAUUGAAAUGAGAAGGUACAUGGCCCUACCACAGCACAAGAAGUUGCCCCAGCCUCCGGAGGGCUCCAACUUCUGA